CUCAUUGCAAUGACUAGUGGCUGUUGGGUGGUGCUGUUUCUGGAGCUGCUGUAGCCAUGGGGUGGAGCUGUAAAGUUUUUGUGAGUCUAGUAAGCUUGGUGCUGCUGCUGGGAUUUAGUGAUGGACAAAGUGACUUCUGGAGGGUUGGCUCCUUGGCCUUGCAGCAUCACUGUGGAGAGUAUGGUAUGCAGCUGCUUGUGUUUCCUAGUCAGGGCCAUGAUGUUCGCUUUAAGGUUAUAGAUGAGUUUGGGACACCCUUUGAAGCUACAAACUGUUCCAUCUGCCGUCACUGGAUCACAUCUAAUGAUGAUGGGGCUGUCAUCUUCUCUGCUGGCUACAAUGGUUGCCAUGUAAUCAAGAAGGAUGGCCGCAACAACCUGAAGGUUCGUGUAGAGGAACUAUCACGCAACAGAAGAGUUACCACCACCCGUGACAUCAACAUGAUCUGCCCUAAGCCACAAGAACAAGUUGUGACACAAGUGGACAACAUGCGUUUGGUGCCCCAGCCCCAGCCGCAGCCUGGCCUAGUGCGCCCGGUGCCCCAGCCGCAGCCUGGCCUAGUGCGCCCGGUGCCCCAGCCGCAGCCUGGCCUAGUGCGCCCGGUGCCCCAGCCCCAGCCGCAGCCUGGCCUAGUGCGCCCGGUGCCCCAGCCCCAGCCGCAGCCUGGCCUAGUGCGCCCGGUGCCCCAGCCCCAGCCGCAGCCUGGCCUAGUGCGCCCGGUGCCCCAGCCCCAGCCGCAGCCUGGCCUAGUGCGCCCGGUGCCCCAGCCCCAGCCGCAGCCUGGCCUAGUGCGCCCGGUGCCCCAGCCCCAGCCGCAGCCUGGCCUAGUGCGCCCGGUGCCCCAGCCCCAGCCGCAGCCUGGCCUAGUGCGCCCGGUGCCCCAGCCCCAGCCGCAGCCUGGCCUAGUGCGCCCGGUGCCCCAGCCCCAGCCGCAGCCUGGCCUAGUGCGCCCGGUGCCCCAGCCCCAGCCGCAGCCUGGCCUAGUGCGCCCGGUGCCCCAGCCCCAGCCGCAGCCUGGCCUAGUGCGCCCGGUGCCCCAGCCCCAGCCGCAGCCUGGCCUAGUGCGCCCGGUGCCCCAGCCCCAGCCGCAGCCUGGCCUAGUGCGCCCGGUGCCCCAGCCCCAGCCGCAGCCUGGCCUAGUGCGCCCGGUGCCCCAGCCCCAGCCGCAGCCUGGCCUAGUGCGCCCGGUGCCCCAGCCCCAGCCGCAGCCUGGCCUAGUGCGCCCGGUGCCCCAGCCCCAGCCGCAGCCUGGCCUAGUGCGCCCGGUGCCCCAGCCCCAGCCGCAGCCUGGCCUAGUGCGCCCGGUGCCCCAGCCCCAGCCGCAGCCUGGCCUAGUGCGCCCGGUGCCCCAGCCGCAGCCCCAGCCUGGCCUAGUGCGCCCGGUGCCCCAGCCGCAGCCCCAGCCUGGCCUAGUGCGCCCGGUGCCCCAGCCGCAGCCCCAGCCCCAGCCGCAGCCUGGCCUAGUGCGCCCGGUGCCCCAGCCGCAGCCCCAGCCCCAGCCGCAGCCUGGCCUAGUGCGCCCGGUGCCCCAGCCGCAGCCCCAGCCCCAGCCGCAGCCUGGCCUAGUGCGCCCGGUGCCCCAGCCGCAGCCCCAGCCCCAGCCGCAGCCUGGCCUAGUGCGCCCGGUGCCCCAGCCGCAGCCGCAGCCUGGCCUAGUGCGCCCGGUGCCCCAGCCGCAGCCGCAGCCUGGCCUAGUGCGCCCGGUGCCCCAGCCCCAGCCGCAGCCUGGCCUAGUGCGCCCGGUGCCCCAGCCCCAGCCGCAGCCUGGCCUAGUGCGCCCGGUGCCCCAGCCCCAGCCGCAGCCUGGCCUAGUGCGCCCGGUGCCCCAGCCCCAGCCGCAGCCUGGCCUAGUGCGCCCGGUGCCCCAGCCCCAGCCCCAGCCCCAGCCUGGCCUAGUGCGCCCGGUGCCCCAGCCCCAGCCCCAGCCCCAGCCUGGCCUAGUGCGCCCGGUGCCCCAGCCCCAGCCCCAGCCCCAGCCUGGCCUAGUGCGCCCGGUGCCCCAGCCCCAGCCCCAGCCCCAGCCUGGCCUAGUGCGCCCGGUGCCCCAGCCCCAGCCCCAGCCCCAGCCUGGCCUAGUGCGCCCGGUGCCCCAGCCCCAGCCCCAGCCCCAGCCUGGCCUAGUGCGCCCGGUGCCCCAGCCGCAGCCCCAGCCAUACUACAUAGGUUCCACCCUCACCUUGGAGCAAUGCCAGGUCUUGUCUGGGAGGAUUCCCUGUGCAGCUGCACAAGGGCCAGCUGCCUGUUACCAGGCUGGAUGCUGUUAUGACAACAGGGAUCAAGCUGCUCCAUGUUACUAUGGCAACACAGUCACUCUUCAGUGCCUUCAGGAUGGUCACUUCAUCCUGGUUGUCUCCAGAGAUAUGACCGACUACCCGCUUGUCCUUGAGAAUGUCAGGCUCUCCUAUGCCCAAGCGGGCUGCCAGCCUGUCAGAAGAACAGAGGCUUUCCUGGUCUUCCGCUUCCCCCUCACCCAGUGUGGCACGACAGUUCAGGUGACUGGUGGGAGACUGAUCUAUGAGAACGAGCUGGCUUCUGGCAUUGACGUCUUGGAUGGGCCAGAUGGCUCUGUCACACGAGACAGCACCUUCAUCCUCCAUGCUCGCUGCGUCUACAAUGCCACAGACUUCCUGCCAGUUCAGGCUGAGGUCCUCUUGCCUCCCACCCCAGCUCCGGUUCUCCAGGCGGGGCCUCUCCGGUUGGAGCUGCGCAUUGCUAGAGAUGCCGCUUACCUCUCCUAUUAUGUGGAAACCGAUUAUCCUGUGGUGAAGGUGCUCCGGGACCCUGUGUAUGUGGAAGUUCGCAUCCUGCAGAGAACAGACCCGUCCUUGAUGCUGGUUCUGCAGGACUGUUGGGCUACCCCCAGCGCAAAUCCCCUCGAGCGGCUGCAGUGGCCAGUCCUGGUGGAGGGGUGCCCUUUUGAAGGAGACAACUACAGGACCCAGCUGGUGCUUGUGGGGCCUGCCACAUCUGAGCUGGCCUUUCCCACCCACUACCAGCGCUUCACCCUCUCCACCUUUGCAUUUGUGGAUUCUGCCUCUCAGUUGGUGCUUGAUGGAUUGGUAUACCUCUUCUGCAGUGUGUCUGUCUGCCAUGCCUCUCAGCUAGAAUCCUGCAGAGUUACAUGCCAAAUGCCAGUGGCUGCAAAUGAGUUUGGGACAACCUUUGAAGUAACAAACUGUUCCAUCUGUCGUCACUGGAUCACAUCUGAUGAAAAGGGGGCAGUGGUGUUUUCUGCUGGGUACCAUGGCUGUCAUGUGCUGAAGAAGGAUGGCCGCAACAACCUGAAAGUCCGAAUAGAGGAAGUAAUGAGGAAUGGACAAGUUGCCAAUACCUAUGAUAUCAACAUGAUUUGUCCUAAGCCACAAGACCAAAUCAUGACAGAGAUGGACAACAUGCAAUCUGUGCCCGUGCCGCAGCCCCAGCCCGGCCUAGUGCGCCCGGUGCCGCAGCCCCAGCCCGGCCUAGUGCGCCCGGUGCCGCAGCCCCAGCCCGGCCUGGUGCGCCCGGUGCCGCAGCCCCAGCCCCAGCCCGGCCUGGUGCGCCCGGUGCCGCAGCCCCAGCCCCAGCCCGGCCUGGUGCGCCCCCAGCCCCAGCCCGGCCUGGUGCGCCCGGUGCCGCAGCCCCAGCCUGGCCUAGUGCGCCCGGUGCCGCAGCCCCAGCCUGGCCUAGUGCGCCCGGUGCCUCAUCUAUACUACAUAGGUUCCGCCCUCACCUUGGAGCAAUGCCAGGUCUUGUCUGGGAGGAUUCCCUGUGCAGCCGCACAAGGGCCAGCUGCCUGUUACCAGGCUGGAUGCUGUUAUGACAACAGGGAUCAAGCUGCUCCAUGUUACUAUGGCAACACAGUCACUCUUCAGUGCCUUCAGGAUGGUCACUUCAUCCUGGUUGUCUCCAGAGAUAUGACCGACUACCCGCUUGUCCUUGAGAAUGUCAGGCUCUCCUAUGCCCAAGCGGGCUGCCAGCCUGUCAGAAGAACAGAGGCUUUCCUGGUCUUCCGCUUCCCCCUCACCCAGUGUGGCACGACAGUUCAGGUGACUGGUGGGAGACUGAUCUAUGAGAACGAGCUGGCUUCUGGCAUUGACGUCUUGGAUGGGCCAGAUGGCUCUGUCACACGAGACAGCACCUUCAUCCUCCAUGCUCGCUGCGUCUACAAUGCCACAGACUUCCUGCCAGUUCAGGCUGAGGUCCUCUUGCCUCCCACCCCAGCUCCGGUUCUCCAGGCGGGGCCUCUCCGGUUGGAGCUGCGCAUUGCUAGAGAUGCCGCUUACCUCUCCUAUUAUGUGGAAACCGAUUAUCCUGUGGUGAAGGUGCUCCGGGACCCUGUGUAUGUGGAAGUUCGCAUGCUGCAGAGAACAGACCCGUCCUUGAUGCUGGUUCUGCAGGACUGUUGGGCUACCCCCAGCGCAAAUCCCCUCGAGCGGCUGCAGUGGCCAGUCCUGGUGGAGGGGUGCCCUUUUGAAGGAGACAACUACAGGACCCAGCUGGUGCUUGUGGGGCCUGCCACAUCUGAGCUGGCCUUUCCCACCCACUACCAGCGCUUCACCCUCUCCACCUUUGCAUUUGUGGAUUCUGCCUCUCAGAUGGUCCUUGGACACUGGGUGUAUCUCUUCUGUAGUGCUUCAGCCUGCCACCCUUCCCAUUUUGAGUCCUGCAGGAAAACGUGUAGCAUUAAUGUCUCUUCAAGAGGCCGCAGGUUCUUGAACACCAAGAAUAAGACGGAGCCCUUGGAUUUGGUGAGCUCACUUGGGGCUGUGACCUUUGCUGAGGAGACUGGGCAACAAGCAUAUACUAGUUCAAAAGACAGAAUGGACCUGAAUAUUGUCCUCUUUGGAGUAAUCUCGCUAAUGUCUGUGGCUCUAGUGAUCAUGGCUUUGAUCAUAAUCUGGAACAGGAACCGAGAAGGAUCCUGUAGUGUUGGCCACAAGAGCUGUACAGCAACAAAAUAAAAGUCAGUGUUUGAAUUUCUGA